CUUUCUUUGUCUUCAAGUUCAAAAUAUUUGAAAUAAAUUACAGUUUGGAUUGGCUCAGUGAUCAGGGCAGAAUGUGUUGGAGACACUGGCAUUAGUGGCAUAAGUAUAGCCAGGUUUUUGUGCGCCCAGGAACAGAAGUAGUUCAAAUGUCCCCCCACCACCACUCCUAACUUCAGACAGGACUCAGAAGUGGCAAUAGACAAUCCCAGACAUAAGGAACAGAAACUUUAGUUUGUUGCCGUGAAGCUGCAUAUCAUCUUGAUGUAAUACUUAAAACAAUAGCUAAAAAAGCGAUCAGUGCAGAAUGUGGCGUAGCCAGGUUUUUUGCGCCCUGGAGCAGAAGUAGCACAACCCCCCCCCCCCUCUCACUCCUAACUUUAGACAGGACUCAGAAAUGACAAUAGACAAUCCCAGACAUAAGGAACAGAAACUUAAGUUUGUUGCGGUGAAGCUGCAUAUCAUCUCUGACUUUAAACAAUAGCUAAAAAAGGUGUUUACUUUCUAUUAGACGCUACAAGAAAAAAGAAAGAAAGAAGAAGAAAUAGCAAAUGAAAGUCAAUAAGUUGCUUUGUAAAACUAUAAUUUAGCCUAAAUUAUAAUCAAAGUUUAUGGAGGCUUAGUAGGAUUUGAUAAAUUUUUAAAAGCAACAUAAAAGCUAAUUAUUUGAUAUAAUUAGUAAUGUAAUGUAACUGAACUUAAAAGACAUGUAAAAGAUGAAAAAUUCUCCAUACAUAUUGUACUAUAUGGCGUAUACACAUCGGUAACAAGAUUAGAGCAAGAUAUGUCUUCAAAUAGAAUGAAGGUCCUAACAUUUAACAAACCCUUCAUACAAGGGAAAUUUAAUGGACAAAAAAACAUACUGACUAGUUGAGUCAUUUAAUUUAAUUACUAGGGUAAAGUUAGAUAGUAAAAAGUAAAAGAUGUUAAAAACUACUAAAAAGCUUUCUUAUCAGUGUCCAUUAUGCAGGAUAAUACUUUCACCACAGUGGAAAAUGAGGAAUCAUAUAUUGGAGCAUACAGGUGAGCACCCCUUUAAAUGUUUGGUUUGUGAGAAAACAUUUCUCCAUCUACAAUCAGUAAAAAUUCAUUUGAAGAUGCAUUCUGGAGAGCGACCUUAUAAGUGCACCAUAUGUGGAAAGUCUUUCAAAACCAAUAGCUAUAUGAAUGUACAUAGAUUGGUUCAUACUGGAAAGCAGCCUUAUAAGUGCACCACAUGUGGAAAAUCUUUCAAAUUCAAGAACAGUAUGAAGGAACAUACAUUGGUUCAUACUGGAGAGCGACCUUAUAAGUGCACAAUAUGUGGAAAAUCAUUUACAUCCAAUGCCUAUUUGAAGAAACAUGCAUUGGCUCAUACUGAAGAGAGACCUUUUGAGUGCACUUCAUGUGGAAAAUCAUUUAAAGCAAAAACUGUUUUAAAGAAUCAUAUUAAAUUGUUCCAUACUGGAAAGCGACAUAGUGCAAAGUGCACUAUAUGUGGAAAAUCUGUCACAUCCAAUCACACUUUGAGGAUACAUAAAUUGGUCCAUACUGGAGAGCGACCUUAUAAGUGUACUACAUGUGGAAAAUCCUUCAAAUUUAAGAGAAUUUUGAAGAACCAUACAUUGGUUCAUACUGGAGAGAGACCUUAUGAGUGCAAUAAAUGUGGAAAAUCCUUUAAAGCCAAUAGGGCUUUAAAGGAACAUGCAAUGGUUCAUACUGAAGAGCGACCUUAUAAGUGCACUAUAUGUGGAAAAUCUUUCAAAGCCUAUAAUUCUAUGAAGAAACAUAAAUUGAGUCAUACUGGAGAGAGACCUUAUAUGUGUGAUAAAUGUGGGAAAUCUUUCAAAACCAAAACUGUUUUGAAUAGGCAUACAUUGAGUCACACAGAAGUGCGACCUUAUAAGUGCAAUACAUGUGAAAAAUCCUUUAAAUUCGAGAGCUAUUUGAAGAAUCAUAGAUUGAUUCACACUGGAAGGCAAGGUUAUAAGUGCACAAUAUGUGGAAAAUCAUUUACAACCAAUUACUAUUUAAAGGUACAUACAUUGGUUCAUACAGGAGUGCGACCUUAUAAGUGCAACAUAUGUGGAAAAAGCUUCGCAUACGAGAGCAAUAUGAAGGAACAUACCUUUGCCCAUUCUGGAGAUAGACCUUAUAAGUGUGACACAUGCGGAAAGUUCUUUAAAAACAAAACUGGUUUAAAGAAACAUACAUUGGUUCACACUGGAGAGCGACCUUAUAUGUGAGUAAAAUGCGGAAAAUCUUUUACAGACAAAUCCGUUUUGAAUAAACAUGCAUUAUUGGUUCAUUCUAGAGAGCCUUAUAAGUGUAAUACAUGCAGAAAAUUCUUUACAUUCAAAACCGAUUUGAAGAAUCAUACUGUGGUUCAUACUGGAGAGCGGCCUUAUAAGUGUGAUACAUGCGGAAAAUGCUUCAAUAGGAAUAGUAUAAUGAAGAGACAUACAUUGGUUCAUACUAAAGAGUGACCUUAUAAGUGCACAGCACGAGGGAAAUCUUCAAAACCAAAAGCAAUAUGAUGGAACAUAAUAUUGGCUCAUACCGAAGAGCGAUUUUAUAUGUGCAUUUUCUGAAACAAAUCCUUCACAACUAAAUGCUAUUGCAGGAAAUGCAAAGUGUGCUUUUGCUCAAAACCACGAAAUAUAUUGUUUUAAAAGUUUCAGUCAAACAUAGCUUACUAAAACUUAUUGUUUUUUUUUUUUUCAAUUGAUAAAGUAAAUGAAUUGUUAAGCACUUACAUUAAAAUAACAAUUUUUCAUAGUCUCCUCUUAAACACUGUUUCUCGCAACUUCACAGUCCAUCUAUUUACUAAGCCAUAAAAAUUCUUGUACUAGUUUUAAGUUAUAUUAUUGUAUGCCACCAUUGUAUUUUCUUAAUGAAACUACAAAUAAAGAAUAUUUUGAUUUGA